AUGGGUCGCUCCCGAUCCGUCUCCCGGACAGACUCGCGAUCCCGUUCCUCGAGCCGCAGCCGCAGCCGCAGCAAGAGGGAGAAGAGGGAGAAGCGGCACAGGAGGGACAGGAAGGACCGAAAGCACCGAUCCGUCUCUCGGACAGAUUCGCGAUCCCGGUCCUCGAGCCGCAGUCGCAGCCGCAGCAGGAGGGAGAAGAGGGACAGGCGGGACAAGAGGGACAGGAAAGACCGAAAGCAUCGGAAGCAUCGGAAGCAUCGCAAGCGGAGGCGAAGGUCCCACUCCUCGUCCAGGAGCAGGAGCAGGAGCAGGAGCAGGAGCAGGGAGAGGAAAGAAGAUCGCGGACGAUCUCGGCCACGAUCGCGCGAGGCCAAGCGCGAGAGGUCCAGGACCCUAUCCCCCCGCGAGCUCGACGGAUCGCGCGUGGAACCACCCCAACCCGCGCAUCCUCCCCGAGACGACGAUCGUUCGUUCGGCCGGGCGGGCGACGAUCGUCGGCGACCGGGCGACGCCGCAUGGGGGAGGGGGAGGAGCCGAUCGAGGGACCGAACCAGUCGCCGACGCGACGACGGCGGGUACAUUCGCGACGCGUACGAUCGCGCUCCCCCGAGGCGCUCCCCCGAACACGACCGAGGGAGGGACGCGAGUAGGGACCGCGGCGGCGGCGGUCGCGGCGGACACGACGACCGACGACCGCCGCCCGCGCACUACGGCCACGACCGCCGCGGCGAUCAUCAUCAUCAUCGCCGCGGGGAUCAUCGCAGAUCCCCGCCGAGGGAGAGGGCGGCGCCGAGGCACGGCGGACGGACGGGCUCGUUCUUCGGCCGCGCCGCGGACAUCCCACGACGGGCGUUCGGCCAGUCCAUGACGCACCUCCCGCGGGGACCGGAGAACAUACCGGGCGCCGCGCCGGUGGUCAUCGUCGACGAGGAGGAUCCGCCGCCGGUGGCGUACGGUGAGGAGCUGGAGGGGACGGGCGAACCGGCGUGGGCGGGAGCCGCGGGGUUCGGGUUGAAGGAAGGGAGUGCGGGGAAGGAAGGGGGUCCACCGACGUGGGGUGACCGCUACCCCGCGUCGGUGGAGGGUUUGGGCGAGGAGAUUGCCGACUUUGUCGAGUAUGCGUCGCCCGACGCCGAUGAGCUUCGUUCGCGGUUCGCGGCGAUGCGUCGGCUGGAUUCGGUGGCCAAGUCGCUGUGGCCGGGAUCGGAGGCUGAGCCGUUCGGCAGCACCAAGCACCGGAUGCUGCUGCACGGGAGCGACCUGGACGUUCGGAUCAGGACGGUGGGUAAGUUUGAGAACAUCCCCGAGUGCCACGGGAUCAACCAGCUCGGCGCUGAGGUGAUGAAGCAGCCGUGGGCGGUUGACAUGGACCCGAAGGUGACCGGCCGGGUGCCCCAGAUUUCCUACGUCGACUCCAUCAGCAAGCUGCGGUGCAAGGUGUGCGUGGGGAACAGGCAGACCGUGCGGGGAACGUCCUUCUUCAACUCGCCGAUGAUCCCGCUGUCCGCGCGCUUUCCCGCGUUCAAGGUGCUGAUGCUCCCGGUCAAGACGGUGUUCAAACAGCGCGGUUUGGAGAAGUCGUUCGCGGGCGGGGUGGGCACCUUCAGGAUCGGCAUGAUGCUCCUCAACUACCUCGCCAUGCACGCCCCGGCGUCCACGCGCCCGCCCACCCCCGACGUCCUCGGCGGGGCGCUCAUCGGCUUCUUCAGGUACUACGCCUCGGCGCCGGCGGACGGCUCCGAGUGGCAGCGGUGGACCGAACCCUUCGCCUUCGCCGGAGACUUGUACGUCAUGGGCGUGCAGGUGGACUUUUCCGGGUGCGCGAUGGGCGAGGUGUGGACCGUGUUCGCCACCUGCGCGAAAUCCCUCGAGUCGUGUCCCGUCGGCGCCCCGUGUGGAACGUCCGCGCUGAGCCGCGUGGUGAAGGAGUCCAUCGUGGUUGGGGCGCGGGAGGAGACGAGGUCGGCGGCGAGGCGGGUCGAAAACCAGACGCCGCCCGAGACGAAGAUGCCGGGGUACCUCGCCCCCGAGCGGCGCAGCUACGGCGCGCCGGUCGCCGCGGCGGCGGUGCCCACCCUCCACGGCGACGGCGGUUCGAGGAACGCGGCGAGCAGCUCCGACGAGGCGCCCACGAGGUGCCUCACGCUGAAGAACAUGUUCGAUCCGGCACAGAUUGGGGACGGGGGCGAAGGGGACGCGUGGUGGGUGGACAUCGGCGAGGAGGUCAGGGAGGAGUGCGCCAAGCACGGGGCGGUGACGCACCUCGCGGUGGACAGGCACAGCCAGGGGUUCGUGUUCGUCAAGUUUGCCACGCCCGAGGCGGCGACGGGGGCGAGAUCGACCCUCCACGCGAGGUGGUUCGGGGGCCGGUUGGUCACGUGCGAAUUCACCGCAGAGGACGAAUACGACGUUAAACACGGCGUGAGAUGA